AUGUCUCGUCGACCUGGAUGUUACGUGUGUGGCCAGCUGGGGCAUCUUGCUGAGAACUGUUCGUUCAGCGAGCGUCGAUGCUUCAACUGUCUCGAGCCCGGACACGAGUCGUCUGCAUGCGAGGCUCCGCGCACGGCGGACGCCAAGCAGUGCUAUGGCUGUGGAGGCAAGGGUCACAUUCGUGCCGACUGCCCCACCCCCGCCUCCGGUGCCGCCAAGGCGUGCUACACCUGUGGAGAGCAGGGCCACCGGGCUCGUGACUGCCCCCAAAACCCCAAACCCGUCGAGGCCAAGGAGGCAAAGCCCGCCCCCGCUGCACCCGGCACUGCCCAGCCCAAGCCAAAGAAGGUCAAGGUCAAGUCGUGCUACACCUGCAACCAGCCCGGUCACAUCGCAAAGGAGUGCCCGCAGCAGCCCAUGGCCGAGGCUCCCGGCUCCAACGCCGCCGCCGCCCUCACCGCCUAG